AUGGCUCCAGCAAAGAAGAUCAUAAAGAAGCCUUCGUCAACGGAGCCGGCGCCAGACUCUGCCUUCCUCAAAGCUCUCCGAGAUUUCACCUCCCACGUCUCCUACCACCGCUUCUCCCUCUCCUCCGCCGUACCCGACGCAAUCGCAGCAACCAUCUCCUCCUCCGCAGACGCCGCGCCACCCCUCAAAGCCCUCUCCGACCUCGGCGCGCUCGUACACUCCCGCGCAACCAACUUUUCACUGGCAUGUCGACCUCCGAUCACAGUAGAUGCUGCGAAGAAAAGUUUGGAGGAGUUGAGUGGACUUGUGGGACCGUUGGCUGCGGCUGUGUAUUGUACGCUUCCGGAGAAACAUGGGAGGAGUCUGUAUGAAACCGCACAGCAGAAUGUGUCGCUGGUUUUCUCGGGGAUGGAGGCACUGGCAUCCGAGCUAAUACCAGCUGAUGAGAGUUCACAACGCGGAAGACUGGCGAGCACUGGUGUGCUGUGGGAAGCCUGUAACGACCUCACUGCACUGAACAACCUCGGACUACACGGAAUCGUGCAAAAGAAAGUUGAGGGAUACAAGUCCAUGCUACAGGACGCCAUCGAAGACUUGGAAGGGUGGAUCGAGAACGGUGGAGAUGACGAGGACGAGGAUUGGGAUGAUGCGUUUGGCGACAACGACAGUGAGACGGAGGAUUCGGGCGACGAGGAGGGUGGAGGGAAGGAAUUGGACCCGGCGAGCGAGGCACAGAUCGAGUAUGCUAAGGCGACUGUCAGAAGACUAAAGACAAUCUCGGCACUCUACGCUCGCCUCAACGCAUCCAGACUAAAACCGACUCCAUCACUUACCCCAGCACCAGAAGAUAUCGCCUCCAUCGACACCAUCGCCGACUUGGCAAAGCAGUUGAGUGUCGAGACAGAUGAACUGGUCUGCAAGAUUCAGGAGCGGGCGUUACAGGCUGAGGUUUCUGCGCUGGAUAAGGAGAUCUGUGAGAAGGCGAGGGAGUUGAUGGAGGUGGGGAGGGUGAAGGAGAAGGAGAGUGAAGACGUUAGGAAGUGGUGGGAGGAGGUUGAAGCGAGGUUGAAAUGA